GCUGCUGUCAUGGCAGGGAGACCUGUACUUUACUACUACAAUGCCCGGGGCAGAAUGGAGUCCAUCCGGUGGCUCCUGGCUGCAGCUGGAGUAGAGUUUGAAGAGAAAUUCAUGAAAACUCGAGAAGAUCUGGAAAAGUUAAGAAAGGAUGGAGUGCUAAUGUUCCAGCAAGCACCCAUGGUUGAGAUUGAUGGGAUGAAGCUGGUGCAGACCCGAGCCAUUCUCAACUACAUUGCCAGCAAACACAACCUCUAUGGGAAAGACAUAAAGGAGAGAGCCCUGAUUGACAUGUAUACAGAAGGCAUGGCUGAUUUGAAUGAAAUGAUUAUUAUUUACCCAUUUGGUUCACCUGGGGAAAAAGAUGCAAACCUAGCACAGAUCAAGGAAAAGGCCAAAAUUCGCUACUUUCCUGCCUUUGAAAAGGUGUUGAAGAGCCACGGACAAGACUACCUGGUUGGCAACAGGUUGAGUAAGGCUGACAUUCUCCUGGUGGAGCUGCUCUAUAACGUGGAAGAAAUUGACCCCACCAUCCUCACCAGCUUCCCUCUGUUACAGAACCUCAAGACCAGAGUCAGCAGCCUCCCCACCGUGAAGAAGUUCCUGCAGCCUGGCAGCCAGAGGAAGCCACCUGUGAGUGAGAAAAGUGUUGAAGAAGGAAAGAAGAUUUUCUUCUAA